AUGUUUGAGUUUAACAGAGAGUUUAGAAAGAUCCUAAGUGGACUGACUCUGCCUGAAAAUCCAGAAUUAGAGAGUUCUGCUGCUAGGAUUUCUCCGAAGAAGGAACUUCAAGUUGAGAAUCUUUUGAAGCGUUUGAAUAAAACGCCACAGAAAUCCAUCAAGAAACAGAGCCCUGAUGGGGAUAUUAUUGACUGUAUUCCUAUCUCUCAACAACCAGCUUUUGAUCAUCCUCUUCCUCAAAAUCAUAAAAUUCAGUUGGAGCCUAGUUACUAUCCAGAAGGGCCAUUUGGUGAUAAAAGAGUGAACACCUCAAAGUCCAGGAAAAGGUUAAAGCCAAUUAAGCAACUCUGGCAUUUAAAUGGAAAUUGUGAUAAAGGAACAAUACCAGUAAGAAGAACAACGAAAGAAGAUAUUCUUAGAGCUGGCUCUAUAAAAAAUUAUGGCAAAAAGAAAGAGAUUGCUAACAUUCUUGGCCCGAAUUCUGCUAAACCUCAACCUGAUGCCUCUACAGAGCACGAGUAUUCAUUCGCUUCUGUUAUGGGGGAAAAGUAUAUUGGAACGAGGGCAAUUAUGGAAGUUUGGAAACCAGAAGUGGAGCAACCAAAUGAAUUUAGCCUUGCUCAGAUAUGGGUUCUAGGAGGUUCUUUUGAUGGAAGUCUUAACAGCAUUGAAGCUGGUUGGCAGGUCUAUCCAAAUAUGUAUAGGGAUGAUAGCACAAGACUCUUUGCUUACUGGACUAGGGACCAAUAUAAAUCCACGGGAUGCUACAAUUUGGUCUGCCCGGGUUUUGUUCAGAUCAGCGAGAGGAUAGCUUUGGGGGUUAGCUUCCAGCAAGUUUCGACCUAUCAAGGUUCCCAAUCUAGUUUGACUUUACUAAUUUGGAAGGAUCCUACUGAGGGUAAGUGGUGGUUGGCAUCUGAUGAUAGAGAGGUCAUUGGUUACUGGCCAACCUCUUUAUUUACAAGUUUGGCUGAUAGUGCAAAACAUAAUUCAAUGGGGCGGUGAAGUUAUAAACGAGGCAACAGGCGGACAGCAUACCACAACUCAAAUGGGAAGUGGUCAUUUUUCUGGUGAAGGAUUUACCAGAGCUAGUUAUUUUACAGAAAUUCAAUUAGUUAAUGCAUCAAAGCAUCUAAAUGUUGUGGAAACUGUACAGUCUCAAUCGGAUCAUCCUGGCUGCUA